AUGCACGAAUUCGAACUUGGGGUCUGGAAGAACCUAUUUACACAUCUUAUCCGUCUGUUGUAUGCCAUGCCGGAUGGGCCUUCUCUGGUGGCAGAACUGGAUUCACGAUAUCGUCAGGUUCCAAGAUUUGGUAUUGAUACCAUUCGCCGAUUUGCGACAAACGCGUCUGAAAUGAAGAAAUUGAGUGCACGUGAUUUCGAAGAUCUACUCCAGUGUGCGAUUCCGGUUUUUGAAGGCUUAUUUUCCCUGCCUGACACAGACGAGCAUAACUCUUGCAUUCUCAAGCUUCUGUACCGUCUUGCUGAAUGGCACGGCUAUGCCAAGCUCAGAAUGCAUACGGACCAGACUCUUGACCACCUCGACAUGCUUACGAGUCAACUUGGAACGCUCAUGCGCAAUUUUCAGCAGACAACGUGUACUGCAUUCAAGACCAAAGAAUUGCCACGUGAAGCACGUCAUCGCCAUGAUCAAGCUAUCUCAUCUGGCAGCAAAACAUCGUCCUCGACUCCCAAGCUCAAAGCAUUUAAUCUCAAUACCUACAAAUGGCAUUCCCUGGGAGACUAUGUCCCAACUAUUCGACUCUUCGGGACAACUGACAUUUAUUCAACCCAAAUUGCAAUUCUCCAGGGCGAAAGUUUACAUCGCCUCCUCAAGCGUAUGUACACAUUGACCAACAAGAAUGGCCAUGAGCGUCAACUUGCCCAGCGCUACAUGCGGGUUGCACGUGCACGAGCAGCCGCUCGCGCCAAUCGCGCUCGACAGCCCCGACAUUUUCACCUUGUCCGUUCAGGCUUGUCUGACCCGCUUGGAAUGGUCUCAAUGCGGGUCCAUCAUCACACUAGUUGGGCUCGCCGAUCUCCAAUUGACAUUCCAAGAUUUGUCGGCACGCAGGAUCCUGCGAUGAAGGAUUUCUACCCCAAGCUCCAAGAUCAUAUUCUUGGACGACUACAACACCGUAUUUUCGAUGGCGACGACCACCAUGAUUUCACCGAUGCCGACAGAAACACUGUUUAUGUGCUAAACAAUGCUCUGUAUGCCACCAAAACUCUGCGCGUGAACUAUACCACCUAUGAUGUUCGACGAGACUACAACACUGUCAACCCGCUGACAACUCCCUUCGUCCUAAUGCGCGCACCAGACAGUGGACUGGCUCACCCAUACUGGUAUUGCAAGGUUAUCGGGAUCUUCCACGCCAGAGCAUAUCGCUCUCUCUUAACUGGCACCACGCCACCAGUCGCGAUGGAGAUUCUCUGGGUCCGAUGGAUGGGCAUUGUCCCCGAGCGCCCUGGAGAUAUUGAAGCAGCACAGCUUCCGCAAGUUGGUUUUGUUCCCGAAGACGAUCCAUAUGCCUUUGGGUUUCUUGAUCCAGCACAAGUUAUUCGUGCGAGCCAUCUUAUUCCACGUUUUGCGGGGGGUCGAACAAAUGAUCUUUUAUCAACGCAGAAGCCGACUGCAGCUCGCUUGUUCGACGAGACCGAUGAUUGGAAGAGCUACUAUGUUGAUAUAUUUGCUGAUCGUGAUAUGCUAAUGCGGUAUGUUGGUGGUGGUGUUGGCCAUCUCGACUGCGCUAUCUCUUCCUUCGACAGUGUUCCACCUCAUGCUGAACCUCCCACAUUGCCAACCAUCACGCCGUUACAACCAUCAGCUCCAAAUGCAACCAAUGAAGCUGAAGAAGACAUUGAUUUGGAGGAUAUCAAUGAAACCGAUGUCGUGGUUGACGAUGGAGAUGAUGAGGUCACUGAGAUCAAUAUGGAGAACGACUUGGAGGAACCAGAGUUCUAUUAUGAUGAAGACUAUGGAACAGGUGGUGAAGAGGAAGAGGAAAUAGAGGAUGAGUCCGAUUGCAACUCACAACUCGAUGACAACGACUUCGAUAUUCAUGCUUAUAGCUACUAA